AUGUCACAAUCUCCAACUAACAUUCCAAGAUCCUAUAAUUCAGUCUUAGACUUUAAACUUGCCUCACCAACAAACUCUGCUUCUGGUGCUACUGGAGGUUGGAUCGUUCAAAAAUUUGGUGGUACUUCAGUGGGUAAAUUCCCAGAGAAUAUCGUUGAUAACAUUGUCAAAGUGUAUUCUCAAACCAAUCGUGUUACUGUUGUAUGUUCUGCUAGAUCUUCACAAACUAAAAGUGAAGGUACCACUAGUAGAUUAUUACGUAGUGCUGAUUUGGCAGAAAGUGAUAAGGAUUAUCAACCACUUUUAAAUGCAAUCGAAGAAGAUCAUGUUACUAAUGCUGAUCGUAUUCAACUGGAGGAAAUUAAACAACAGUUGAUUAAAGACACCAAGCAAGAAAUUGAACAUGUUAGGGAAUUAUUACAUGCUUGUCAAAUCAUUGGUGAAAUCAGUCCUCGUUCAUUGGAUUCAAUUAUGGCAGUUGGAGAAAAAUUAUCGUGUUUGUUCAUGACUGCUUUAAUGAAAGACCAUGGAUUGAAUGCAGUAUAUAUAAAUUUGCAAGAUGUCAUUCCUUUGAGUUAUGAUUUCCAAAAAGGGUUUGAUGAUUCAUUUUAUCAGUUUUUAUCCCAAGAAAUUGGUAAAAGAAUUUUACAAUGUGACCAAGAAGGAGAAAAUGUUAUUCCAGUGUUAACUGGUUAUUUUGGUGUUGUCCCUGGUGGAUUAUUAAAUGGUGUUGGUAGAGGUUAUACUGAUUUAUGUGCCGCUUUAGCUGCUGUUGCCUUACAAGCUGAUGAAUUACAAAUUUGGAAAGAAGUUGAUGGUAUUUUCACUGCUGAUCCUCGUAAAGUCCCUAAUGCAAGAUUAUUAGAUAGUGUUACACCAGAAGAAGCAGCAGAAUUGACUUAUUAUGGUUCUGAAGUGAUUCACCCAUUCACCAUGGAACAAGUCAUUAGAGCUAAAAUCCCUAUCAGAAUAAAAAAUGUCGAGAACCCAACUGGUAAUGGGACAAUUAUAUAUCCAGAUAAUAUUGGUAGAAGAGGUGAAGCCACUCCACCUCAUCCUCCGGCAGCAUUCGAACAAUUGGCUAUGAGUAGUUUAUUGCAAAGAAAACGUUCUGCCACUGCCAUCACUGCCAAACAAAACAUUGUCGUUAUAAAUAUCCAUUCAAACAAAAAGACAUUGUCACAUGGGUUUUUGGCUCAUGUUUUCACCACAUUGGAUAAAUAUAAGCUUGUGGUUGAUUUGAUUUCGACAUCAGAAGUACAUGUCUCAAUGGCAUUACUGAUACAACCAGAUCAUGAAUCACAAUUGAAACAUGCAUUAGUUGAAUUACGUAAAAUGGGUACAGUUGAUGUGACCAAAAAAAUGACCAUUGUUUCCUUAGUAGGUAAACAAAUGGUAAAUUUCAUUGGUAUUGCUGGUAAUAUGUUUAAAGUGCUAGCUGAUGAAAAGAUCAAUAUUGAAAUGAUCUCUCAAGGGGCCAAUGAAAUCAAUAUUUCUGCGGUUAUUAAUGAAAAAGAUACUCUAAGAGCAUUAAAAUCCAUUCAUGCUAAAUUAUUAGAAGGUGGUUCAUCAUUUGGUGAUGUCCUGGCUGUGGAUACACGUUUAGAAGCAUUAAAACUCCUGUAG